GUGAUUGAAACUCACUUUCGACCAGUUGAGCUGCAUGAACGAAUCUGCUGCAGUGGUCGAAUCAGCGACCUGAAGUCCGAUGUCGUUAUCAGAGACGUGCCGAAGAGAUUCCGAAUUGCGGGCGAUCCCGAAUGCGUUUUAGGUUUAGCAGCCGAAGGUAUUUUCUUCCGCAAGCUUGUUCUAGUAUUCUGUUCAUCAAAAGCAGAUGUUGAAAAGGUAGCUCUUGAUUUGGCGAAAAUCUUAGACGAGAUAUAUCGCUCCAAUCAAGUUAUUGCUGCUCGUCUAGACCGAGCUGCUCUUUAUCGGAUUAGAAUGAAUCUGGAGCAAUCUGCCGGCGCUGUCGACGCUGUUUUAGCGCAAACCAUCCCUAGAGGGGUUGCGUUCCAUCACGCAGGUCUAACCGCCGAGGAGAGGGAAUACAUUGAAGACGGUUUCCGUACUGGCGUAAUCAUUGUGUUGGUCGCUACAAGCACACUUUCUUCUGGUGUGAAUUUGCCGGCGAGUCGUGUUGUCAUCAAGGCGCAGACUCGAGGUCCUGCAGCCAUCAAUGCGAUUACUUACAAACAAAUGAGUGGACGAGCGGGUCGGUUAGGGCAGGUGGAAAUA